ACAAGAAUAAACAAAGAGUACUUUGCCCUAAAUCGACUCUACACAUCUCUUUUGCCCUAGAUCGACACACCAACAAUCUCCGGUUCAAUUAGACACCAUCGCGCUGGCCCAUCGUCACCGGACCAUCGCCGUCGGUCCAUCACCGCCGGUCCAUCGUCAGAAGAUUUGUGCUCAUGCUGGUCCACACAUGCUUUGUAAGAUGGCUGCACGCUUCACUUGCCUCAAGGAUCUCGAUCUCUCUCAAUCCGCAUGACGUUCGUUUUAUCUCAGAGUCACUGAUUCAGAUCUAUCGGUCAUCGCCACUGGUUUCACCGCCUUACGUCUACUCAAGCUUCAAAAUUGCAAAGGUGUCAUCCCUGAGCACCACCCUUGAGCCGGUCUGGUAUAACCCAAAGUGCACAUUUUGGUCCCAAAAAAGCAGAAGGUGGAGGUCAAAUGUUAGGCAGAUAGGUAGCGAUUUGAGGUUUUGGAGCAGCCAACCCACUGGUUGCAUCAUCUUCUUCAUCAUAGAGUUGCAAUAA